AUGAAGUUGGUUACAUUCCCUGGACAAGGCACUCCGAUCCCUGUUGCUGUACUGAAGGCCUUGAUUCGGAACAAAGAUGCGCAGUUCAACACUAUCUUGAAUCGUGGACUGCACAGACGGGACUUACUAGAGUACAUAUUCAGAAACCCAUCUAGCCCCGGUAGCAUCGCAGUGUGUUCCAAUUUCCUAUAUGAAAUGUAUGGUCUGAUCUCCGAGGACUUGCGGCCCCACCAUCGGGACUCGCUUAUACUGCUUGGGCACUCGCUAGGUGAGCUGACCUGCUUGAAGGUGAAUGAGCUGUUCACUACAAAGGAGCUGUUUGAGAUUGCCAACUACAGAAAUGACCUAAUGGUCAAGUACACGGAACAGUACCUGAGGGCUUACAACAGAAGAGGAUCGAAGUUUGAGAUGUGGGCGCUGUCGUCUCCAAAGGCUACUGACUUACCAUAUGAGAUACAUAAAUUGCUCACGGAGUCACCUACGUUCCCGGGAUCCCACACAAUAUCGGUCGCCAAUGCAAAUUCAGUUAAGCAGUGCGUGGUAACGGGUCUAGUCGAGGACUUAGAAGCAUUGAGAACAGAAUUACACUUGAAUAUACCAAGACUAAGAAUUUCAGAACUAACCAAUCCACAUAACUUGCCAUUCCACAACAACACAGUACUAAGACCAAUUCAGGAACCACUAUACGAUUUCAUAUGGAAGAUAAUGAAGAAUAACGGCACACAUACAUGGACUACGCUAAACCACCCAAUAGUUUCCAACCUCGACGGUAAAGAAACCAAAUUUAUACACCACGCACUGGAUAAGUUUGUAAAGUGUAGCUCAACCACUGUACAGUUCACAAAAUGCUACGAUACCAUUAACAGAAUAGCGGAAGCCACAAAAGAUCAAGAGGACCCCUUGGAUGCAGCUAUCUGUAUCGGGCCGGGAAAUGUCAUCUACAACUUAAUCAGAAGGAAUGUCCCUAGCCUGAAAUGCGUGGAAUACUCUUCAAUGGCCACCAUAGACUCCUACCAUGGUACACACGACUUAUAA